UCUAAUACAACGGUGGCUUUGUCGCUACUCUUCGCAUUUCAAUAGAACGAACGAGUGUACGAACGGACGAAACGCGAUCGCGCUUUCAUCGAGCGUUUGUUAACGAAACGAAAGAACAAAAAAAAUCAUCUCUUUGCCGAUGUUGCACGGAACUAAAGAACCUAUUGACAAGGUGAAACGACCAAAAAAAGAGAACGGAAUUUUUGAAGAAACGUUAUUGCAUUUUUUCAAGCAUUCAUAAAGUGGCAUCAAGAACAUAGACAUAGCUAGCAAAUUCUGAUGCUACCGUUUAAAAACAAUAUUUGAAUAUUUCCCUAACGAAAUAAUUGUGCAGACAAAAAAUCGUCCAACAUUGUUGUGUGAUUUGAAGUUUUUCGUGCAGAACACGGGUCUUUGGUAUUUGGACAUUUUUCGGGCGCAGUCACAUAGUGAAUUUGCGGUAGCUGAUCGCAUAAAUUAUUAUCGAAAGAGCAAACGAUUUUCUCAUCGAAAAUAUUUUUCGUUUGUCGUCAAACAUUCAAUUUAAUUAAAACGAACGGGCUCGUUUUGUGCUGUUUGUGAUUUUGCGGUUUGUUUUUUUUUUCAUGUCCAAUUCUCUAAUUCGCGCAAGUUUUUAAAUCUCAAUGCGAUUCAUUUUUUGCCACUACGAAAAUAUCGCAGCGCGUGAUUACAGUUUGUUGGUCAUUUAGCUUGUUUUGAACAACGGAAAAUUUAUGAAUUUGUGUUUGUAAUUGUGUACCGGUCAUAACAUUUCGUGAUAUUACUGGUGUAAUGCUGUUGAGUUUAUAAUACCGUGUGUGCAUAAUUAGGAAACUGGUGCGAAACAAACUGAACGGUAGAUAGCAUUUGUGAACUCUAACUGAUUAUGGGAAAUAAAUCUGACUGUUGACACGGGUUUCCUUUUGUUCGUAUCGUGCUCACCAAUACAUUACUCACCAUCCCAGCUUGAGCCCAAUCUGUUGAUGAAUCAACGCAAAUUAUUAAAAGAAAGAGAAUCUCAGGCGAAAAAAAAAAUCAUAAAAAUUCCGCAUUUGUGUGAGAUACUCGUUUGACAAAUGAUAACACAGCCAACACUAUUAAGUGCUUGUUUACGACUGUGAUGUUUUUUUUUUCUACCAUCAUCUGCUAAUGAAUGAAGAGAAGGAGAAAAAAAAACACUGUUUGACAGCCACACAAACGAAUGACUUGAGUGUAAAUCAAAGUGAAUGCCGAAUAAGAAACAAUCGUAGCUAAAAACAUUUCGUGCCGAUCAUUAUAACGCAAAUAAAAAAAAACGGAAUUUUUUCUAUUAUUGCUAAAUUUUUUCGAUCGAUUUCCAAAUUAAUUGUGAAUUAAUGCAAAUUUCCAUAGGUUUUCAUUUCAAAUCCACGGUUCGAAUUGAAAGAAAGAUAGAUAAAAUGAAAUAAAUAAGAGAAAUUUUUUUUAACAAAUCAACGCAAACAAGAGAGAGAUUGUGAUUGAGACGAAAACGAACCGAAGUUCAAGUGGAUACAUAAACGUAAAACCAAAAAAUUUUACGAUAAAAAUCGACAGUGAAUUUAUAGUUAUGUUAAAGAUCCAUUUAAUUUACAAUUUGCCGAUCAGAUUCAGCUUCUUCGUCACGUUUUGACAUAUUCUUGCGCAUUGAUUGUGUGCUAUUCUCAGAAUAUUUACAUCUUUUCCUCUUCUAGUAAAUUAAAAACCGGAAAAAUAUUAAACGAAACGAAAAGAGAAAAAAAAAACACCAACAACAGCAACAGCAUAAACACAAGAAGUUAUGAAAAUUGAUUUUGAGAGAAAUAACUAACCAACUGUUGUCGAGGCGAGUGAUUCAGCUCUCAAUAAUUGAUGCAGUGAAUUAUUUAAAGUGGAAACGAAAUUGUGAAAAAAAAAAAGUCAAAGUGAAGCUUUUGACGUUAUGAAAAAUUGAUACUUAUGAAAUUGAUAAAAACACACCAGAAAUUAUCAUUUGAGAGAAGAGAGAGAGAGAGAGAGAGAGAGAGAGAGAGAGAGAGAGGGGGAGAGAGAGAGAAAAAACCGUUCUUGACUUGAACAAGUGACAAAGAAAACAUAAACAACCAAUUCCCAAACUCGAUUCACCAUAUGCUAAGGGUGACUGAAACAGAUAGUAGCAGAUUGUGUAUGUGUGACAGCAGCAUAAACUUCUUGUGCAAUCUUGUGCUCAACUCAACUGGAGAACGAGAGUAGAAACGAAAAAAAACAAGGAUGCAAGUCCAUGUCCAUCGAUUGUGUAAUUACAUCGAAUGCGGUAAACAUCACUUCCGAGCGGUUCGCUUCAGAUGAGCAUCAAUCUAAAAAAGAUAUAUAUAUAUAUAUACGACGCGGUGCACUAUCCAUGGCAUGCAGAGGACAUAGAGGUGGUAACCAAUUUGUGUGAUCGCUAUGCGAAAAGGAUAUGUGUUGAAAAAUAAAUUAUCACUUGAAAAUAAAUCGAAACGCUGGUGCUUAUGACAUGAAAAACAUUGCAUUAAAUAUACUCUGGAAAAGGAAAAAAUUAAACGAAAAAAGGGAAAGUGAAGUGAGCGGUGAUUGGGUGUGCUAAUAUCAUAUAACCAACACAUAUAAAUAAAUGAACGACGGUAUAAGAAGAGAAUAAGAAACGAAACGACGUUCGCGUGCUCUCAAACUCAAGCAGAUUGGGAAGGAUGAAGAGAUUCCUUAAUCGAAACUCAAGUGUAUAAAAAUUUAUUCAAGUUGUAGCAUCCACUAGGUGGUGACACGAGGAAAAUUGCAUUGUCACCAGUUCACUUGUUCCCACCGAACAAAGAAUAGAACGGCGGCAACGGACGACAAACGACAACGACGCCACAACCAUAUCGCUUAUCUCUCGAAGCAUUCAUGUAAAAUGAUAAUUAUUGAUUUUGGCGGCAGAAUAUUCAACUUGCACUCAUCCGAAUAGAAUAGAAACGGCUUGAAAAGAGACCUCCAAGUCAAAUACCAAGCAUAUUGUGUAUAUUUACGUCCCGAGAAUUGAGAAAAAUCGACUUCCCGUUUCGGAAUUUUCAUUUCGUUGAGGGCAGAGAAAGAGAGAGAGAGAGAGAGAGAGAGAGAGAGAGAGAGAGAGAGAGAGUAUGAGAAAGUGAAAACAAUCAAGCAAGCGAGCCAAUAAUCUUCUAUUACGACCGUGUCUUGAGAUGAGAUGAAACAUAAUAAUGAGAAGCAGCCGUUAUUCGAGUAUCUGUGCUAGUUAUGUCUCGACACAGCUAAUAGAUAUCGUUAAAAUACCCUCGGGGAUGACAUCAUGAGAAUGUUUCAUUUGCAUUUUUUCGUGACGAGCGUUUGUGUUUUGUUGUGAAAACACAAACCAUUCCUGCCCGUCAGCAGAACGAGUGUGCCGCUGAUAAAGAGAGUGUGAGUGUUUUCGGGGAGAUAGAGAGAAGGAAGGGACGAUACGGCGAAAACGUAUCCACGCAAUCAAUAUUCUUGAAGAGAAUUUAUUGUAUAUCUGUGUUGUACGCAACCCCCUGACAUUCAGGUGUCAUCAGUGUUUAGUCACUCAAUGAAAUAUCAUCGUUGCCAAGCACUGCCAAGCACGGCGAUCAUUUUCCAACGACUGAGCACCUGAUGAAACGUUUUGGCUUUGGUCGUGGCCAUUCAUUCCCAUUUCACGAAUCAAAAGAAAAAAAAUAUUCUUCCAUACUACCGCCGACGCUUGUGUGUGUGUGUGUGUGUGACGUGAACACUUUUCAAGCUGAUGUACACAAAUUCCAGUAGUGUGCGUCAGAGUGAUUUUUACCGUUAAAACCGAAGCAAAACAUAACAAAGAAAAAAGAAGUAAGAACAGCUACGACAACGGAAAGCAACAAAAAAAAAUUAGAAAAAAAAGACUAACUGUACUUUAAGUAAAAACGAUAAGCACCGAAGAAAGGAAAACCGGACUGUGAAGACAGGACGAAUAAUGCAAAAGGCGGCAAUGAUAACAUCACAUCAGUCGUAAAUAAAUAUUCCACUCCGUCUUUUCGCUUAUUUCAAUGAAAAAUGAAGGGAAAAGCAACAAUACAACUACACUAGCAGUAACAAUCAUAUCAUUUCAUUCGUUUUCUUGCAAACAAAUAAGUGCAACAGAAAUAGAAAGAAUAAAAAGAAAUCACAUCUAUGUGUAGCAAAAAAACUAACGUGCAGCAGAGUGAAGCGAAAAACUGCAACGCAACGAAAUUGGUUGGUGUGAAUAAAGGAAAAUAAAGCGAGCGAGAAGCAAAAACAAAACACCAUACAACACAAUAUAGAAAAGAAAAGAAUAGAAGACAAGUGCAAUAACAAUAACAACCGCUGAAGUACAAGUGGAAAGAAGUCAGUGCACAUAGGAUUUCUCAUACGGAAUCGAGAAACAAUACAACUCUUGUAACAAAAGCCAGUUUUAUUCAACAAAAUCGUGUGAUGGAGACGACAACAACGAGAAAAAACAACAACACUUAGACAAUCGCGUUUGCAGAAAUAAAAAAAAAAACGAGAAAGAGAGAGAGCGAGAGCGAGAGCGAGAGCGAGAGAGAGAUCGAGAAGCAGCGACACAGCAAACAAUCCAUGCCAUUAGACGAUUUGUUAUUUUAUUCAUUUUGAAGGUGUUGUUUCCUCGUUCAUUUCCAUUCUUCGUGUUAUUAUUUUUUUUCUCUUCAUUUCUCUCGUUGUCUUACCAUUCUCUGAUCCUUUGGAAGAAUAACAAACACCGAAUAAAAGUCGGAAAUAUUUGUAAAUGUGUUGUGUGCACCACGGGUCGUUGCGUACUUUUUCCACGGGAUUGUUGUAUGUUCAUUGUGCGCAUUUUUCGCAGAUAGAUCCUUUUUUGUCUAUCGAACACUAGAGCAGGAAAUCCAAACCAAGCCACUACACCGGCAGGAAAACAGAACAACAAGAGUAUAAAACGCACAACAAAGUAGCACAUAAGAAAAUACCAAAACUCAACGGUAUACAGUUACUUGUGAAACUACGGAAAAUACAACAAAGAAAGAAAGAAAAAAAAAAACGAAGGAAAAACUUGUAACGAAAUACACUCGAAAAUACGCACAUUGCAAAAUUCGGAACGAAGAGAGUAAGCUCACAACCGGAAAACAGAAAAACAAAAAGACAGAAAGCAAGAGAGAAAGGGAGGAAUGCAUGAAAUUCGUUGAGUGUUUUGAAAGAAUGAAAAAUUAACAAACACAACAGAUCAACGGCCAUAGAUCUGUAUUGUACCAUUGACAAUCAAGAGUAAUUUAGUGAAAUAAAAACAAAGGCCACGACGACAACACAUACACCCAAAAAAAUAAAAUAGCAUUUCCUACAUCUCACUGAAAGAUGUACCAAGAUUUCUGCAAAAUUUACGCGAAGGGUUCUAUGUCAAACGUCAAGAACACGAACAAUUCGUGAAGAAUUUACGAGAGGAAGAAGCAGAAAAAAGCGCGCGAGAGAGAGAUACAGAGAGAAUAAGUUGGAGAAUAAAUACACUUAAUCUAUUAAACAAACGAUAAAUAUAAAUCACGUCGAAUAAAAGCGUGAAUCAGGAACAGAAGAGAAAAAACGAAGAGAAGAAUUUAUAUAGAUACAUGUUAAAAAAAAUGGCAUACAUUAGCACACGGUGUCAUCGACAACGGCAAAAACCCAUCCAAAUCAUGUUCGCAAAUAAUUUAGUGGAAACUGUGUCGAUUUUAAUCGUUCGGUGGCUAUUUUAUUCAUGCGUUUUAAGUUUACUGUUAAAUACCAAUUGUGAUCUGACUGUGGUGCGAGCAUCAUACUCCGAAGCGGAUGACCUUUUGAACGAACUGGAUCGGCCAAUUCCAAUAACGUCAGUGCGCGGUGUAUUAGGUAGACAAGCGAUGUUGCCGUGUGACAUCGAUCCGUUGGAGAAGGGUGAUGUUGUGUUCAUGGUGCUUUGGUAUCGAGAAGGAGACAACGAACCAUUAUACAAUUUUGAUGUACGCGGUCGGCCAAUUGGACAAGCAAAACUGUGGUCAUCGCCGACGGUAUUCGGAUCCCGAGCUUUUUUCAGCACCGCAAAUCGUCCAGCACAAUUAAAAGUUGACAAUAUCAAACUAUCCGACGAAGGAAUGUACCGGUGUCGAGUAGAUUUUCGCAAUUCACCUACUCGAAAUUUGAAGAUCAAUUUAACUGUCAUUGUUCCGCCUGAUCGUCCAAUUAUCUACGAGGCAAAGCGACGAGAAAAGGCCAAAAAUGUGGAAGCGUACAACGAAGGAAGUGACGUUUUGCUCUUUUGCGAAGUGACUGGCGGUCGACCACGGCCAAAUGUCACUUGGUAUUUGGACAACACCGUUAUUGAUGAAUCGUUCGAACAACGUCCCGAUGGAGUAACCGUGAAUCAUUUGUCAUAUCCAAACAUUGGACGACAGCAUGUAAACGCCCGUUUCGUUUGCAUUGCAAGUAACACAAAUCUAAUGCCACCGAACAGUAAAGUGCUCGUUAUUGAUGUCAAUCUUAAACCGGCCGCUGUCCAUAUUUUGGCGAAGCGAGCAUUUGUCUCGGCUGAUAAGACAUAUGAUAUCGAGUGCAAGAGCUCCGGAUCAAAGCCAGCUGCUUUAAUUACCUGGUGGCGCGGCACAAAACAAAUAAAACGCCCCAUUCGAAAUUUUUCGGAAAAUCCAGAUAAUCAAUCACUGAGCGUGCUGACAUUCACACCAUCCAUAGAUGAUGAUGGAAAGCAUUUGUCGUGUCGCGCGGCAAAUCCAUAUAUCGAGAACAGUGUAAUCGAAGAUAAAUGGUUUUUAGUGGUCCAUUAUAUGCCAGUGGUAACGUUGAAAAUGGGACCGUCACUUAACCCGGAUGAUAUUAAAGAAGGCGAUGGCGUUUAUUUUGAAUGCACCGUACGAUCGAACCCGAAACCAUACAAAAUGGCGUGGUAUCAUGAUGGCGUCGAAUUGCAUCAGAAUGUUACAGCUGGAAUAAUAUUAACAGAUCAAUCUCUUGUGCUUCAAAGUGUGACAAGAGCAUCGGCAGGUGAUUACACAUGUCUCGCUGCAAAUACCGAAGGAAAAGGAACCAGCAAUCCAGUCACAUUACGUGUUCGAUAUGCACCGGUUUGUGGUUCAACUCACGAAGAGUUGUUGGGCGCACUUAAGCACGAAACACUCACACUAAAAUGUGAAGUUGACGCUUCACCACCAGCCGACUCAUUCCAUUGGACAUUCAAUUCAUCCGGCGAACCAACGGAUCUUCCAGCAAGACUGCAUUCAAGCGAGACGGGAUUUUCACGUUUAAAUUAUACACCAACCAAUGACCUAGAUUAUGGUACGAUAUCUUGUUGGGGACGCAAUGCAAUCGGGCUGCAGAAAUCGCCGUGCAUAUUUCAAAUUGUUGCUGCAGGUCGGCCGUUCCCAUUGCAGAACUGUUCCGUGUCAAAUCAGUCUAGCGAUUCGCUACAAGUGGAAUGCGAACCAGGUUUCGAUGGUGGUUUACCACAACAAUUUCUGUUGGAAUUAGUUGAGAUGCCAGCAUUAAGACUGGCUAGAAACUUAAGUUUACAGCGUUCGCCUGUUGCGUUCUACAUUGAUAAUCUUGAACCAGGAAGCUCUUAUCGCAUCAUUUUAUUUGCCGUAAAUGCAAAAGGACGUUCAGAGCCGACCAUAAUUGAUGAUAUUACAUUCAAGGGUGUAGCCAAAUAUACAGGGCAAUCGAACCUAUCAAAUAUUCCCAUAUCACCAAUUCUUGCUGGCCUAACUUUAACAGCUGCCAUUUUAUUUGCUGUUGUAUGUAUCGUCUUGGGAGCAAUCUAUCGACGACAGUCGAACAGAAAUGCCGAAGAGAAUAUCAAAUCAGCAAAACAUACCCAGCUGCCAGUCGUGCCAGCCGAUUGUCAAUUGGAGGCAACACAGCAGCAUACACGAACGGUAACGGUGCCAUCGUGUGGCGUUUCAACACCAAUGAUCAACAAUUGCACCAGUGUUAACAAUGAUUCGCGACAUCAUCAGCUCAUUAGUGAUCAAGAGCCACCUGAUGGUGACGAAACUGACCCUGAUGUUAUUCCAAAUCAAUACGAGAGACGACCAUUAAAAUCAUCCACACAAAUUCCAUUGUUCCGAAGCCCAUCGGCACGGCUCGUGCAACACGACAAAUUGCUGGUUGAUGAUGCGUACAGAGGCAGCGAUGGAUCAAUCGUUUGCUCUUUAGGAGGAAUGAACAACAAAGAAGUUCACCAUUACACAUUUCAACCUAGCAAACAAAUUAGUUAUGCAACAUUAAGUAGAGGGAAUAAGAGUGUGACUACAUGCAGUCCAGUCGCUGCCCAGCCCGCAAUUCAAUUGCCAAUGGGUGUGAGUUUAUUGAGUCCAACCAAUCAUAAUCAAUCGUUAGUGACGUCUUCAUUAAGUGAGUAUCGGUUUCGACCGGAAAUAGUUACAACAUCUAAUCGAAUACAGGAAAGUUGUAUAUAAACCAAACUGAACAUCCCCCUAUCAACCUAGCUACAACAUAGAAAGCCAUUUUAUUUAUAAAAAAAAGGAGAAUAAAAAGAGAACAAAAAUAUGUAUUACUAUUAUUAUUUAAUAAUAUUUUGAUUAAAUACCUAAUUUAAAGAGGAAAAAUAAGGAAGAAACAAAAAUUGAUAAAAAGAACAAAAGAAAAUGCAAAAAGUUGAUCCGGAUAAAUUUAAUGUUAUUUAAUAAACAAACAAAGAAAAUACGCAUUAAAUUUGAGAUAGCUUAGGUAAUAGUUUAGCCUAAUUGAUGGUAAAAAAACAAAAUGAAGUCUCCUUAACCGUAUUUGUCCAUUAAGUCUAAACUAAGUGAUCAAUAUCAUAAAAGUAACAAAGAAAUACACACACACAAAAACAAAUGUCAUAUAAUGUGUGAACGCGAAAGCAUGUCAAAAAAUGAUACAUUUACAUAUUCAUAAGAAGUAUUUAUUGAAAAAUCAUAGAUGCUUUAAUAAACAAAACAGAACAAACUGAACUAUUUACGUGUAUUUAAAACAUUUAUUACAUGUCGUUAUCAAAAUAAAAAGAACAACAACCGAAAAUCGAACGAGAAAUAUUAUCACAUAGUUUAAAAGCCAUUUGACGAUAUACAAUACAUACGACUAAAAGUGAGAUAAAACAAAGAUUGGAAUACGACGUAUUUACUAUAUGUUUUAGCUAAAGUAUAUAACAGAAAAUAAUUAAUUCAAAAAAAAAUAAUAUUAAUCAAGUGAACAUAAAAUAAUGAGGAAACUAUAUAUAAAUCUCUCUCUCUAUAAAUUAUAUAUAUAUAUAUAUAUAUAUAAAUGGAUCGUAAAUGUAAGAUUAAGUAAGUUUUAAGUGAGGGACAGGUGAUCUAACACGAUCUAUAUUGUGUGCUGAAUUAAUGAAGCCAUUUAAUGAAAAUUACGUUGUAGUUCGGUCGCAAAACUUCGAAGAAAAAAAAAUGUUUAGAAAGAAAACAACAACAUCAACAAAAUAUGUCUUCAUAUUUCGUUGGAAUUCAUUGCAAUUGCUAACUAUGCUAAACUAAGAGCUAAUCAAACUUGUCUUGUACGACCUGAAAACACGUCAGUUGGACAUUGAAAAUGGCCUAGUCGGAAUACAACCACCUUGUAUAAUGCAAUAAAACCACAAUUAUACGAACAAAA